AUACUGGAAAAUGGAUAGGUGGACUGAAAGCGUUUAAGUAUGAUGUGAUUAAACCUUAAGGAAGAUCAUCAUCAGGCCCAAGUGAUCUGCUAUGGUCAGACUACAGCAAAGAAAGCCUUUUACAUCCAAGAUCUGAGAUGAUGCACAUCUAUUGUAGAAAAGAACUUAUAAUAACAGUACAAAAACAAAUACUUAGGACCUAUGUGGGUAUUUCAAAUGAACCUACAGACUUGUUAUUCUCAAUCAUAACAGGAAAGAACAAAAAGCAUACAGAGUUAAAGUAUGUCUUGAUUGAAUGAGAAAUGUGAAUACCAUUAAAGAUGUGUAAGUGCAAAUAAACCACCAGCAUAUUCAAAGGAUACAGUUUGAGUAUGCACUGGCCCUUGGUGCCAAGCUUCUCCUCUAACAGACAUAAUUACUCUCAUCUGAGCCAGAGACAGCUGCACAGCAAAUCCAGCUCUUGUUUUAGCACAGGAGGAAUUCAGGGUGAGGUGAGGAGUAGCAUGACUUGAUCAGUACAUAGCAUUGUAUUGUAUAGUCCAAAGCGGAUGGACAGCAAGAUGCCAUGCAGUGAAACUUGGAAUUUGUUUUUUUACAGUCAUUCCACUAACAACAUUGUGGUCAGCAUGAGAUACUGAUGGUGCAGUUCUCCAAAAGUAAUUAAGCAGAUUUCUGCUCAGCAGGCUGGACUUAGUCCGGAAUGAAGAAAAUAGAGAGCAGAGGAUAGUGGUUUGCAAUAGAAAUGCAAGAACCUCUCUUGAAAGCUAUUGUAUCUUGCAGACACCAGUCAAUUGUGAAGGGAAGCAACGGACUGCCCCCUGAGGAUCGCCUUCUGAAAUUCCUGGUGGACAACUCUGCAGACAAUGAGGAAACAGUCCAAUGUGCCAACUGUGACCUAGAAUGCAAAAAUCAGGAUGUGGACAGCAUGUACUAUUGCAAUACUUGUAACCAACCCUUGUGUGGCACCUGCAGAGAGGACACCCAUAAAGCUAAAAUGUUCUCCCGUCAUGAGAUUGUAUCAUUGGCCAAACGGACUAAGGAAAUUCACAAAAAGUGCUCCCUCCAUGAAGAGCUCUACAUCAUGUUUUCUACUGAGAAGAAAUCCAUGUUGUGCAUCAACUGCUUUCGAGAUAUGCAAGUAGAGAGCCGAGCCCACUGUAUUGACAUCGAGACGGCAUACAUGCAGGGCUGUGAGAAACUGGACCAGGCUGUCAUGGCUGUGAAGGAACUUCAGACUUCUGCACGGGAAGCCAUCAUAUUGCUAAAAGCCAUGAUUGGGGAGGUGCGGACAAACGUGGAUGAGGAAGAGAGUGCAAUCAGCACACUCUUUAACAACAUGCAGGAGAAACUGGCUGAAAGAAAGAAGAUCUUACUGAAGGCUGCACAAAGUCAGCAUGAAGAGAAAGAGCGAGCCUUUAAAGAGCAGUUGUCUCAUCUAUCAGCUCUUCUACCAACUCUGCAGGUUCAUCUGGUGACCUGUUCUGCAUUCCUCAGUUCUGCUAACAAGUUUGAAUUCCUGGAUCUAGGAUAUCAGCUCAUGGAGAGACUGAAGAAGAUUGUGAAGCUGCCACAUCGGCUGAAGCCAAGCCAGAGUAGCAAGAUCAACACUGAUUACCGCUCAGAGUUUGCACGCUGUCUGGAGCCUCUGCUCAUAUUGAAUCAUCGCCGGUCAGUUUCCCUAACAGGAAAUAGUGGGGCCUCUGGAAUGUCCGGUACCAGCAGCCUCCUUCAGUCGUCACUGGUUGUACCCUGCCACUCCCCGUCUACCAGUGACAUGUCCUUAUCUGCAUCCGUCGUUCGCAAGCCAACGUCACACCGCUACAUUAGCACCAAAGUUCUGCUGGCUGAGGGGACAGAGACAUCAUUCACUGAACAUUGCCGCAACUAUGAGAACACCUACCGGACUCUUCAAACUGAGAUCCAGAAGUUGAAGGACCAGGUGCAAGAAAUCCAUCGGGAUUUGACCAGGCACCACUCACUCAUUAAGACAGACACCAUGGCUGAAAUCAUGCAGAAGUCACUGCAGAUAGAUGUCCAGAUAGCAUCAGAAUACUCUUCUGUGGAGAUGAUGAGGACUAUGUUCGAAGAGAUCUGGGAGGAAACUCUGCAAAGAGUGGCAAAUGAGCAAGAAAUUUAUGAAGCUCAACUACAUGAUCUGCUGCAGUUAAAACAGGAGAACAGCUACCUGACAACAAUCACCAAGCAGAUAGGCCCCUAUAUCCGCUCAAUCGCCAAAGUCAAGGAGCGUCUGGAGCCCAGAGCAAAUGAGCGCAAGGAGACUAAGGAUGACCGCACAGAGACCAUGCUGAAAAUCUAUGAGGAAGGUGCCAUGUGUGGAGAAAUGCAGCUCAGGAAUGACACAUCAACUGUUGCAGAUGAAAAUCGAGAGAAGCUGAUUGACAACAGGACUCUAAAUAUGCUGGUGGAAGAGCCAAACUGUGGUAACUCCUUUGAUUCAGUUUGUCAGUCACUGUGUGCAAGUCACCCACUCUGCCUCCAUCAAAAGAACCCCAGACCAUCACACUUUCUCUUCCAUGUUUAACAGUUGGCACCACAUACUGAAGAACACUCCUUUCACCAACUCAGUGGCAUACAAACACCCUGCAUGUUAAACCGAAGAUUUCAAAUUCUGAUUAAUCGAUCCAUAAGACCUUCUUCCAGUCUGCAGUAGUCCACAGCCAGUAUUUCACGGCUCCUCUUCAAAAUAGAAACAGAGACUUGCAGUUUUUCAUCACUGUUAAGCUGUGCUUGAAGCUGUUGUGUCUGUCACACACGCUGGUGACCCUCAGAAACUUGUCUUCUGAUUGGGUUGUGACUUUGGGCCUGUCAGAGUUUCUUCCAGUUUCCAAUCGUCUUUGGAUUGUGCAGGACAUUGUACUCACUGACACUUAUGUAUUGUUUUUUUUUUGCAGUUUCUCUAAAUGAAAGACCUACACUUCGGCAAUAA